GCCGGGCCUUUCAGUGCUUCACUUCACUCUCCCCCGGUACACACCAUCUCUCUCUUCAUCGCUUUCGCUCUGUGCCCCUAAGGGGACUUCGUCUCUCCCUGCAAAGCACCAGAGUCGGCAAAUCCAGUCCAUACCUCGGCGACUCUUCCGUACGAUUCACCUCGUUAAGGAAGAUGCGACGAACAACGAGAAGCUUGUCCCUGCUUUCCGGCGGGAGCACCAGUUGCACCCGGUCGCCGUCGCCCUUCAUGCGCGGAACGAGUGAAGCGUCGGAGGGUGCUCGCCUCCGCUUCUCCACCGACGGCGGCGACGGCUCGAGGGUGAAGAUCUUCGACCGCGACCUCAAGCGGAAGCAACGUGAUCGAGCUGCGUGGUUGAUGCGUCCCGGUGAUUGUUUCAUUGAUUCCGUCGCAGAGAAUUUGUUGGAUCGUUUGGAGGACUGUAAGAAAACAUUUCCAACAGCAUUAUGCUUAGGUGGUUCCCUGGAAGCUGUCAGGCGCUUGUUACGCGGUCGUGGUGCCAUUCAAAAGCUCAUUAUGAUGGAUAUGUCAUGUGACAUGAUACAACAGUGCAAAGGGCGGGAGCAAGAUAAAUCUGAUAAGAACAUUGAGACGCUGCAUGUCGUUGGUGAUGAAGAGUUUUUGCCUAUGAAGGAAAGUUCUCUAGAUCUGGUUCUCAGUUGUUUGGGUCUACACUGGACAAAUGAUCUUCCUGGAGCGAUGAUUCAGUGUAAACUGGCAUUGAAGCCUGAUGGCCUCUUUCUAGCAGCUAUUUUGGGUGGAGAAACCUUGAAGGAACUUAGAAUGGCAUGCACUAUAGCACAAAUGGAACGUGAAGGAGGCAUCAGUCCAAGAAUAUCUCCUCUAGCACAAGUGCGAGAUGCUGGUAAUUUGUUGACUAGGGCAGGUUUCUCCCUUCCAGGUGUUGACGUGGAUGAAUACGUAGUGAGAUAUAAAAGUGCUUUGGAGCUGAUAGAACAUCUCAGGGCAAUGGGCGAGACUAACGCUCUUCUACAAAGAGUUCCUAUUCUAAAAAGGGAAACAGCUCUGGCAACUGCAGCAAUCUAUGAGUCGAUGUUCGCUGCCGAAGAUGGAACCAUCCCUGCAACUUUCCAGGUAAUCUAUAUGACGGGCUGGAAGGACCAUCCAACUCAGCCAAAAGCCAAACAAAGGGGAUCUGCGACCAUAUCCUUCAAGGACAUCCGGAAGCAGUUUGGCGAUGGCAGUUAAUCACUCCCUGUUUCGAGAGAUAAAAAAUUUUCAGUGGUCCAGUGGCUGAAAGUUUGGACGGUCUCCCAGAAAGAGAAGGCCUGGCUUCCCAUCUAAGAACCUCAGACUAGGGUUUUCCGGGAUGUAUUUGUCAUUGAUAGGAGAUAGAUAGGGUGAAGGAAGACGAGGUCCAUCCUGUUUGCUGGGCGAGAGUACUCAUGUAAAGAUGCGGGUCGCAUUCGAGGGUCCAAUGUGGAAGUUAAGAUCCCCUGGAAACUCUCCAAAAUCAGGUUUCGGGAUAGAGUGCCCUUACUGCGCCGCGUUGAUCUCCGGUCAAAUCACCUUGUGGGGUAGCAACUCUCCUCAUCUUUCAAGUGCUAGAAGAUCACUCCUUUUCAUUUGGUUCCCGCCAAGUCUCUCUUCCUUACGUGAUGGCCCUUAUGGGCAGGACUUAGAUAGUUUAGCGGCCUUGCACUUUUUGAACACUUCCAUAUCUGUAAUAAAGCACCACACGGACAGAUAGCAUGUUAGAAUUCAAUUCAUGAUCUCUAGAAUCGAUUUUCCGAAUGAAUCCUUCGCGCAGGAAUCUUUAGGAAACAA